GUUGGUCUCACAUCUCCAAACAGAAACAGUAAACAACUCCAACAGACCUGGAUAUCAGGAUAUCAAGAUAUUAGGAUAUCAAGAUAUUCAGUCAAUUCUUCUGUGUCAAUGUCUCUGGGUGGGAGAAAGACAAGGAGGUCGUUGAGGACCUCGAUCAAAAGAAGAUACAAAGAAGUUCACGAAGACGACGGAUCGGGAUUUGGCGAAACAGACAACGAAUUUGAGCUAUUAAAACAACCAGAAGACAAUAGUGUGCCAAUCCAACAAAGCGAGAGAAAUAAAGCACAAUCAAAUGUUCAGAACCAUUGUAAUCAAAAUCCAGAAGCGAUUUUUGAUAACAUUGAUUCCAUACAAAGAUUUAUUCGAAGUGAUGAUGACGACGACGAUAAGGAUUCAUCGUCCCGCUCUAAUUUAUCUAUCAAUGGCUUAUUAUUUGGCGACAACGACGACGACGAUGAUGAUGUUUAUGACGACAGUGAUUAUAUUUCAGAUGGGAAUCUAAACUCUACAAAUGCAGGAAACACUUCUAAGAGAAAAACAACGAAUAAGAUUAAAAAAAAUAUACUCAAUAAUACUAAUAUCGAAGAAAACAACGACGAAAAAAGUGAUGGCAAUGAAAAUUUUGGUGAUAGCGAUUUUGAUAUGGAUAACACUGGCAAUUCGGAUUUUUAUGAUUCGGAUGAUGAGAUUAUUGCACCAAAUUCUGAUUCUUUCAAGAACAUGUUAAGAAGUGCUGGUAAUUUUAAAGUUAAAAGUAAAAAAAAGUCCAAAAACGCUAGAGGUAGUGGUCAAAGACCACGAAAAGAAAGAGAGUUAGAGCCUGAAGUCCGUAUGUUGUUAUCUCAAGCCAACGAAGCGUUUGUUCAAGGUGAUAUGGAAAAGGCUGAAAAGCUAUAUUUGGAUGUAAUUAAGCUUGAUGCAAAAUGUUACUCUGCUUACAAAACUAUCGGUGAUAUUUAUAAACAGAAAGGUGAUUUAGAGGGCUGCUGUAAUAUCUGGUUUGUGGCUGCGCAAAAUAAUCCUAGAGAUGCUCAGUUCUGGUCAAAUGUUGGUGAACUAAGUAAGGAAUUGGGUUUUCAUAGCCAGGCUAUUCAUUGUUAUACAAGGGCAAUAUGGGCUGAUCCAAAAGACCAUAAAGCAAUUUAUAAUCGUGCUUUAAUUUACAAAGAAACACGUCAAUUCGGUAAGGCUUUAAAUGGAUUUCAAAAGCUCCUUGAAUUAUUUCCAUCCGAAACUAGUAUAAUCAGAGAACUCGCUUCUGUUUACUCCCAACAAAACCGUAACAACGAAGCAAUUGAUAUGUAUUUAAACAUUUUUAAUCAAAAUAGAGCUAUGUUGCAAGCGGAAAAUGAUUCUAUUCCAAACUUUGGUUGGUCUGAACUAAACAUAUUGAUGGAACUAUACUCCAAGUUAACUGCAUGGGAUAUCGGGUUGAAAAAAAGUAAACAAAUCUCCAGGUGGAUUCAAAAUAGAGAUGAUGAAACUUGGUGGGACUUGGUAGAUAACGAUUCCGAGUUUGAUGUUAGAAGGUCUACAAAUCAAAAAUACAUGUCAUUACCACAAAGCUUAAAGGAUAGGGAAAACAUCUUACCAAUUGAUAUCCGUGUUAAAUUUGGUUUGUUUAGAUUAAAUUUGAAUGAUAUUCCAGAGGCUCUAAGACAUUUUGAAUUUCUUUUGGAGCAAAAUGCCAGAGAUGUGUCUGAUUUAAAUCUUGAAGUUGGAAAAGCUUUGCUAAAUAACUAUCUUUAUUCCGAAGCACUAAAGAUUUUUGCCCCAUUGUCAUACAUUGACGAAUUUAAUACAGUUGGAUUAGUAAUGCAAUUGGCUAAGUGUUUACAAGAAACAGAUGAUUAUCAACAAGCUAUAUCAGCUUAUCAGUCAGUUAUCGAGAUUGAUCCAGAAAAUAUUGAAGCAAAGUUAGCAUUAGCUGAGAUUUAUAUCUAUUUGGAGGAUAACGAACGUUCAAAGGCCUUGCUAGAUGAUAUUAAUCAGCAGAGAAUUCGAGAAAAAACCAAUUCAAAUGAGGAAAAAACACGCGAAAAAGAAGGUGAAACACCAAAACUAGUUGUGAUCAAAAAAGGAGGUAUAAUUAAUGAUAAUAUUAAAAUGAGCCAAAAGCCACGCAAGCUUAAUGAACAGGAGAAAGAGCAAAGAGAAAAAGAGCUAACAGCUAAAAAUGUUGAAAUAUAUAACCGAUUAAAAAGAUUAUAUCCGUCGGUUGAGAAUGAAAAAAAUCCCAUUGCAGCAGAUGCCUGGCUUCAUUUAUGCUCCGAGUUAAUCGAACAUUUUUUGAAUGUUAAAUAUUUUAUUCCCAAGGAAAAACUAGAUUAUCUUGGUAAUAUGAUCAAGUAUAGAGAGGGUCAUUUAGAUAUUGAAGAGAGAUUAGCCAAAAUUCAACAAAUGCAUGAUGGGUUAAUUGAUACAAUCAAAACGAAGGGUAUAUUUGAUAUUGAAUAUAAUCAUAUGCAGGAAAUCAUGAAAGCACAACUGUUUAGAGGAUUAAGUUUUGAUGAAUGGUUCGAACUAUUUAUGCAAUACUCAUUGUUUUUAUGCCUGUUUCAAAAAAAUAAAAGAUCUUUAGAGAUAUUAGAAAUUGCAAAAAACAUAGUGAUUUUUCAAAAUGAAAAAAAUAGAAAGUUAAUGAGUUUGGUAGAAUUGUCGAUGGGUUUGAUGACAAAUAAUUUUGAGCUAAUUGUUACAAACUUACGACAUGUUUUGAAUUAUUACCAAUUUUCAAGAGAUGCAUAUAGAUUAUUUUCAUUAUGCCUACCGUCGGGACAAGAAUCAAUUGAUACAUAUAUAUCAUUAAACCAUCAAAAAUAUUUUUUGAGACAAAUCAAAGCUUGGGAUUCUGUCAGAUAUAAGAAAGAGAUUAACGGCCAGGCAAAACUUAUAAAUGAUUACUCGAAUCUUGAUAUAAGUGAAGAGAACCCAUACUUAAUCAUUUUGUAUGGAGCGUUGUUAUACGCUGGAAAAAGUUAUGCACCAAGUUUGGGAUAUUUCAGUAAGAUAUACAAAAGGUUUCCAAAUGAUCCAUUGGUUUGCUUGUUAAAUGGAUUGGCCCAUAUUCAUAGAGCAAUGCAAAGAUUGACAACCAACCGUCAUUUGCAAAUACUCCAAGGAAUCACAUACAUAAUCGAAUAUUUCAAGAUACGACAAGACCAAGGGAUAUUUGAGUAUCAAGAAGCACUAUAUAACUUGGGAAGAACGUUUCAUCUAAUAGGGUUGACUUCUAUUGCUGUUGAGCUCUACGAAAAGGUUUUAUCCAUGGAAAUACCUGCUAUCAAAAAAGAAUCAAGCGAGUAUAAGGAAGAUGCAUCAACCUUUGAUCUAAAAAGAGAGACAGCGUAUAACCUUAUUAUGAUAUACAAUUUCAGUGAGAAUUAUGAAUUGGCAGCAGAAAUCAUGAAUAAGUACUUGACUAUAUAGGUGCACUGCCCUAAAUGCUGUUCUAUAAUAUAAUAUAACACUGUUUUAUAUAACACUGUUUUAUAUAAUCUGCGAUAACAUUACCAAUAGCUUAC